AUGCAACCGCUGUGGGCAAGCAUAUCAGACGCAUUCGGCCGAAAACCACCGCUCUACGUCUGCAUUGGACUAUUCUUUAUUGGGUCAAUUACCUUUGCUGUUGCUCAGAACAUGAAGACCAUAAUCGUGGGCCGUGUACUCCAGGGUUUUGGCGGCGGUGGCAUCGAUGUUCUUAUUCAAGUCAUCCUCGGCGACAUGACAACACUCGAGGAACGAUCAAAAUAUCUGGGCUUAAUGGGGAUCCCAAAUGCAGUGGGCAAUAUUCUUGGACCAUCUGUGGGAGCUUUAUUCUCUACGUACGUCACUUGGCGAUGGAUCGGAUGGAUCAAUCUCCCCAUUCUUGGGAUUGGAACCCCCUUGGUGUACUUCUUUCUCAAGUUACGGCCUGUCACGAUGGACGCAUCGCUUGCCAGCAACAUCGAACGCCUUGACUGGAUUGGAAUGGGUCUUGUUGUCUCUGGCAUCACAGUCUUUGUGUUGCCGCUAAGUUGGGCUGGCUCCUUGUUUCCAUGGGCCGCAUGGGAGACCUUGGUUCCAAUGAUUCUGGGGUUCUUGGUGCUUGUCGCUUUCGUCUUUUACGAAGCGAAGCCUGCAGCACCAAUCAUGCCUCAUCGGCUGUUCCACUCCAUCACUGCCAACAUGACAUUGCUUGGAGGGUUCAUUCAUGGAGCCAUCCUUGUUUCGUUACUUCAGUAUCUGCCUCUGAUUUAUCAAGCUGUGUAUCUGGAAACGCCAAUCAAGUCAGCUGUCUUCCUGCUGCCAACCUCCAUCAUUAGCGUGUUCAUCGCAGUAAUCUCUAUGAUGAUGGUGCCAUUGUUUGGAGGCUAUACCUGGCUACUGAGGCUCUCGUGGGCCUUGUUGGCUCUGGGUACCGGAAUCCUGGCAAUCCUCAAUCUCAGUUCGCCUUCAUCGAUGCUCUAUGGACUUCCUGUGAUAUGGGGAACAGGCGUUGCUCUUCUUCGACUCAAUCUUCUACCGAUGCAAGCCAGCGUCAAAAACGUCGACGACACAGGCGUUGCAAUCGGGCAAUUCUCCACGAUUCGUAUGUUUGGAGGUUUGAUCGGUUUGACCAUCGCCUCUGCAAUAUUCAACACUGUCUUUGCAAAGUCUAUCACCUCUAGCUCGCUGCAACUUACAGGGCCUCUGGCACCUUUAGAGGACGCUUCAAAAGCCGUUGCCUUCAUCAAAGAACUCGGGUCUUUGAAAAUUUCUCAAGGAACACUUGAUGAGCUAUUAAGAGUCUACCUCUAA